CCGCCCAACGACUGCCGCCGCUGGAGCCGCGGGCGGAGCGCAGCGGGGCCAUGUCGGCUCCACGGGCCGCGGCGCCGGACGCUGGCGCCGGGGCGGCGGAACGGGAGCCGGUGCGCGGCCGGGGGCUGGAGCUGGAGCUGGGGAGCAGCACGCAGACGUCGCACCGACUGCUGGCUUACAGCGACGCGCUGCUCUCCAUCAUCGCCACGGUGAUGAUUUUGCCUGUGGCUCACACAAAAAUACAUCCUGAUCAGAAACUAGGUGAAAGCGUUCAGCAACUUCUUCUAGCAAAAAUUGCAGUGUACUUGAUGACCUUCUUAAUAGUUACAGUGGCAUGGGCAGCUCAUGUAAGGUUGUUUCAGGUGAUAGAGCUUAUAGAUGAUGUCCUCGCUCUUCUAAAUCUGGCUUGUAUGAUGAUCAUAACUUUCUUGCCAUACACAUUUUCCUUAAUGGCCGCCUUUCCAGAUGUACCUUUUGGCAUUUUCCUGUUCAGUGCCUGUGCUGUUGUCAUUGGCCUUAUACAGGCUGUGAUAGUAGCAUAUGGAUUCUAUCACCCACACUUACUGAAUCAACAGAUACAGUUGUCUGAAAAUCAGAAUUUCUAUAAAAGACAUAUCUUAAAGAUUAUCCUAAGAGGACCAAUUUUAUGCUUUUUAGCAGCCAUCUUUUCUUUUUUCUUUAUUCCUUUGUCUUAUGUACUUCUUGGACUCGUAAUCGUUUUUCCCCAUCUCACUCGAUUCAUUAUGUGGUGUAAAACGAAGAUUGUUGGCCAGAGAGAUGAAGAGGAGGCACACCAUAGCUUAGAAACCUUCACUUUUUACCUCAGUGAGCCUUUGAGUAAGGAACGGGUAGAAGCAUUCAGUGAUGGAGUCUAUGCUAUUGUAGCAACCCUGCUCAUUUUGGAUAUAUGUGAAGAUAACGUCCCUGAUCCCAGAGAAGUUGAGGAGAAGUUCCAUGGCAGCCUUCUUGAAGCUUUAAGUGAAUAUGGGCCAAACUACCUUGCCUACUUUGGCUCAUUUGUAACAAUUGGUCUCCUGUGGUUUGUCCAUCACUCACUUUUCCUUUAUGUAACAAAAGCUACACGAUUAAUGGGACUGCUUAAUAUACUUUCAUUGGCUUUCAUUGGUGGACUUCCGCUAGCUUACCAGCUGACCAGUGAAUUUGCAGAGAGGUCUCACAAUGAAAUAGAAGCCAUUCAGGUCAGCUGUGUUAUCACUUUCUUUGCCAGCAUAUUUCAGUUUGCAAUAUGGACUACAGCCCUCCUCCAUGAAAGGGAAACUUUGCAUCCUUUUGCUAGAUAUGGUGGCAAGGAGCAUGCCUUCAUGUUUGCCAAGCUGGCUCUCUACCCUUGUGUAAGCCUUGGGGCCUUUUUUCUAACAUGCUUGUUAAGUGAAUUUAGCACAACAAUUUUCCAUCUUAUGCAGAUUGUAAUCCCAUUUGCUUUUCUUGCCUUGCGCAUUUUUGUUAGAAUUUCUUUAACUGUCAUAAAGUCCGUGAUGUCUCUCUCCAGACGGAAGGCUGUAUUGUUAGAAGAAGAGGAGGCAUGUUUGUCUCCUAGUGAAACACUGUCCUAAAUUUCUGUGCAGUGCAUGUGAAGUUAUUAACUUCGGUUCUUCUAACUCUCAUUAUCUUCAUGUGUGGAUUAUAUUGAUCUAAACCAAAGCCCGUGUUGGCCAUAACUGGGGCAUAUUUAAGUUUUAGCUGGUCAUGCUUAAGACGUUUUCUCCAAAACCUAUAAUUGAAAAAAUUGGGUAAAUAGAGGAGACAAAGAAAAGCAUGUUUCCCUUCCUUUAGAGGUACCCUUUUGGAAAAAAUGCUGCUUGACAUGUAACUGCAGUGAUAAUCGAUUAAGAAGUGCAUGAACAGAUGCCCAGCAAAAUGCCCUUUUCUCUGACAUACGGCAGUGGUUAUGGCAGCCAAACAUACGUAUAGAAGCUGGUUGUGCUGCUAUAAGCCAGGGAGUGAGGCUUGGAAGACAUGGAAACCUCUGAAUUUCUGGAUGGUGCAUCAUGGUAAAAUGUUUGUGCAUACGGGUUGUUGGUUCUUCCCUCCCCCUCUCCCCACCCUACCCCCCCACCCCCCGCAUUUUUUUAAUAGUUACAAGGUCUCUGCUGCAUAGUCACAAACUUGUGAUAGCAUUUUGAAAACUACUUGUGCUUGGCUCUGAGCAUGAGUUUAGAUGGGACUUGCAAUCGUGACUCAUAUGCAGUCUUCCAGGCUACCUGAACACAAGUUCUUCAGGCAUAACAAAUGAAGACUGAUGUGGCUAUGUAUCCAAGAUUUGAACUAGCUUUGGUAUCUCCCAGGGGAGAGAUUCAAAGACCUGUGGGACUAGAGGUAAAUUUGUUUUCAGUUCUGAAGCAGCUGCUCAUCUGAAAGGAAAGGUUUUGGUUUCUCAGGCUUCUUGUGUCUGUUUUCAUGCCUAUUGAAAGGAACAUCCUUCUGUUAUUCUGAAGGUAUAACGUCAUAUUCAGAGAGAGUAUGAGACUUUUCUUCCAUGUAUAAGAGUUCCCCAUUAGGAGAAGGAGUUUUUCCCUAAGUAGAGGCUAACUAAGAGAUCCCACAGAUUUCUGAGUCUCAGCAAGACAGCAAAAGAAACUAAUCCUGUAGAAAUGCCACUCCAUGGCACGUUGAAUUUUUUUAUGCGUAUGUGCAGUUUGAUAAGCUUUAUGCUUAUCAAAUGUUACCCUGCAGAGAGCUGUACAGAAGGAGUGGGCAAAGUCAUUUAGCCUCUGGCUGCCCUGGAAACCAUUACACUUCUUUUUGGCAGAGCCAUUAGUUUGUAUCUUGAAGUGUCUUAGUGCCUGAUAACUUUAAUGCCAUGUUUAAAGGCAUUUGAGGGAUUUUGUUGUUCCUCUUCAAAAAAAAAUUAAAAAAUACUGUGGCAAAGAAUGCCUCAAGUAAUUGUUAGUGAAAACAAAUUCAGGUAUCUCAUCACAGUUUAGAUCAGUCUUGAAAGCACUUGUGCUUUUUAUUUGAAGCACCUUGGUACCAAUGUGUAAUUGUUAGUAUUACGUACUUCUUGUGAGAAAGUAUGUUCAGAUGUUUUAUACCUGGUUGAGGUUAAAUGACUCGCAGUAGGAUUCUGCAUUGUGUUGUGUAUCACUGUUUUUUUCUGAUAUUUAAUAAAAGCACUUUUGGUUCUA